AUGGCAGCGGCCCGGUCGAGCGCCAUCACCUUCUCCGUCAUCUCCGCCACAUUUUCCGGCGAAGGAUUUCCCAUCGAGACAACGGUUCGGAUCCGAUUCCCGAGCUGCUCGAAUAAUCGGGCCGCGUUCCUCUGCUCCUCCGCCAGCUGGGACGGCUGGAUUUUGUUCACGAUUGAAAGCAUCCCGGCUGCUGCCACGUACAUGGCGGCGGCCGCCGCCGCUCCACCGCCGCCGGUGGCGGCUCCGGCGGUGAUGAGGGCGGCGGAGAGUGUGAGGGAGUUGAUGGAGGUGAGCAUGAGGGUGUUCCAGUUGUUACGCUGGUCCUCCACGUUCCUGUGCAUCUCGACUCGAUCUGCUAUGGCCUCGAUUAUAGCUUUGGCCACGAUUGUCGGGUCGGGUUUUUUGCCGGUCUCGAUUUUCGUGGUGACUGUUUUGUUGGUGGUGGUGGUGGUGAAAGGACUGGUUGGCCGCCUUUCGGUGGUCAGAUGUUCGGAAAGGGGAUGUUGGUUUUCUGCUCUGAAUUUGUGGAGUAAGAGGAACGAAUCGGGGAUAGAAGUCUUGAGAGGG